CUGCUGAAGAGAAAAUCACAGACUUGACCAUGACUGACAGCAGUAUGCUAGUGACUGACACUGGAAGGAGUCUUCUGGGAGAUUUUUCUGUUCUUGAUUCAAAAAUUAUAGAAACUUCCAAGGAGAAUGUAUUUAUUGGAUUGGCUUCAGAUGUGGAAGAGGAAAUGCCUCAGAUUGAAACCAGAGUGGUUUUAGUUCAGGAAGCUGGGAAACACGAGGAACUCUUGAAAGCCUUGGAGACUGUUAAGAUAAUGGAAGUCCCAGUUAUAAAGAUAAAGGAAACUAGUCCUGGUAAAUCGGAAGAAAAACUAAUAAAAAGUAUAAUUCAUAUGGAAAUUAAAGUGCCCUAUAUAAAGAUGGAAUCGGUGGAAGAGUUUGGGGAUUCUGAGUCUCCAGAAUUUGAGACAGUCUUCAUUGUAGCAGACUUUCAAGAUUCCAUCUUGGAGAACUUGUGCAAGUUUGACUGUCGUGUUCUUGGACCUCCAAUAGUACUUCAUUGUGCUCAAAAAGGAGAGCCUCUACCUUUUUCAUGUCGUCCAUUGUACUGUGCAAGUAUGUUGAAUCUGGUGCUGUGCUUUACAGGAUUCAGGAAGAAAGAAGAACUAGUUAAGCUGGUGACCUUGGUUCAUCAUAUGGGUGGAAUUAUUCGAAGGGACUUCAGUUCAAAAGUUACACAUCUGGUGGCUAAUUCUACGCAAGGAGACAAAUUCAGACUUGCUGUGAGUCUGGGAACUCCUAUUGUGAAAGCCGAGUGGAUUUACAAGGCUUGGGAGAGAAGGAAUGAAAUUGACUUCUGUGCGGCUGAUGAGGAAUUCAGAAAUGAGUUCAAGGUUCCCCCAUUCCAGGACUGCAUGUUAAGUUUCCUUGGAUUUUCCGAUGAAGAGAGAAUUAACAUGGAAGAAAUGACAAAAAUGCAAGGUGGGCAGUAUUUGCCAGUUAGUGAUGACAGGUGCACACAUCUGGUUGUUGAAGAAAAUACAGUAAAAGAUCUCCCAUUUGAGCCUCCAAAAAAACUUUAUGUUGUAAAGCAAGAGUGGUUCUGGGGAAGCAUUCAGAUGGAUGCCAGAGCUGGAGAAUCCAUGUACUUAUUUGAAAAGCCAGAGAGUCCUGAACUCAAGAAGUCAGUGUCACAACUUUCUCUGAAUACCCCAAAUAGCAAUCGCAAGAGACGUCGCUUGAGAGAGACCCUUGCACAGCUCACCAGAGAAACUGACAUGUCACCAUUCCCUCCUCGGAAACGCCCAUCUGCUGAGCAUUCCCUUUCUAUGGGGUCUUUACUGGAUAUUUCUAACACACCAGAGUCCAGCAUUACCAAUGGAGGGAGCAGAAUAGGAGUGAGGUGCUCAGACCCAGGUAGAGGCCAGGCCAGCUGUCGUCAUGUCAGUAGAAGUAGUCAAACAUGGAAGAAAAUGAGGAAAAAAUACACAUUUACCAAAUAUAAACCUCCAGAUAAUGUUACUCCAAAGCAGUGUGUGAAUCCUGUUGAAAGUCUCCAGCAAACAAACAAGGUAGCUAGCAUUAAGUCAUCUAGAAACCUAGGCAACAGCAAACUUGGAAAAGGGACAGUAUCAAAUCUCCAAAAAAGGAUUCUUUUUCCAAAGGAAAGCAAAGAGAUCACUGUAAGGCCGACUUAUCUUGAAGCCUUGAAAGAUACUUUUGCCUCAUAUCAAUGUCUUGUAGGGACAAAUAACAUAUCAAAUAUGCCACAAGAUUGUGAAGAACCAACUUGCUUAACUUAUGUUGACCAAUUAUCUAACACAGAAACUAAUAUCUCUACAUAUGGCUCUUGUGGCAAAGAGCAAAUUGCAAAAUCCACAAUUAGUCAACUCCUAGAACUUGGACUCCAAAAUAAAUCCCAAUUCCAACGUACAAGAGCGAGAUCUGGAAAUGCUACAGAUGUAACUAUGAAUGACCUGACUUGUAUGAACACCAGUGAUUAUGUCCAAGUAACUUAUGGGCAUAGUCAUCAGGGAAAGGACAGCAAGGACCAGUGUAGCUUUAUAAAUGAAACAUCUUUGAUAGAGGAGACUAAUAUUUUAGUAGGAGACUCUGAACCGCUUUCUGAUUCAAAAUUAAAAGCCAGUUACGGUGAUACCAGUGCUGCUCUGAUAACAGGCUGGAAGCCUGUGGAAGACCUUGAAGACCUUAUGAUAAACUGGGCUGAAAGCAAAAGUAUUGGUGAUGUCAUUCUUAAAUAUUCAAAGGACUUGUUGAAAACAUACCCUCCUUUUGUGAACUUCUUUGAAAUGAGCAAAGAAACUAUUAUGAAAUGUGAAAAACAGAAGCCACGGUUUCAUGCUUUCCUAAAGAUAAACCAAGCUAAACCAGAGUGUGGCCGUCAAAGCUUGGCUGAACUACUCAUUCGACCAGUUCAACGGUUACCUAGUGUUGCUUUACUUCUAAAUGACCUUAAGAAACAUACAGCAGAAGACAACCCAGACAAAGACAUGCUAGAGAGAGCCAUUGAAUCAUUAAAGGAAGUGAUGACACACAUUAAUGAAGACAAAAGAAAAACUGAAGCACAAAGACUGAUCUUUGAUGUUGUGUAUGAAGUUGAUGGAUGUCCAGCCAAUCUCUUGUCAUCUCAUCGAAGCUUAGUUCAGCGAUUGGAAACAGUUGCACUUGGCGAUGACCUCUGUGACAGAGGAGAACAGGUCACACUCUUUCUGUUUAAUGACUGUCUAGAGAUUGCAAGGAAACGGCACAAAGUUAUCAGUGCUUUCAAGAGCCCCCAUGGCCAGACCAGACCCCCAGCAUCUCUCAAACACAUUGUUCUCAUGCCUCUUUCACAGAUCAAGAAAGUGCUAGACAUCAGGGAGACAGAAGACUGCCACAAAGCCUUUGCUUUGGUUGUGCGGCCACCAACAGAACAGAACAACUUGUUGUUCAGUUUUCAGAUGACAACUGAGGAGCCUCCUAAAGAGGAUUGGCUGAAGAUGCUGUGUCGGCAUGUAGCGAACACAAUUUGUAAAGCAGAUGCUGAAAACCUUAUUUACACUACUGAUCCUGAUUCAAUUGACAUAAAUACGAAAGAUGUGGACAGUACGUUGAGUAGGGCAUCCAGGGCGAUAAAGAAAACAUCAAAAAAGGUUACAAGAGCAUUCUCUUUCUCCAAAACACCAAAGAGAGCUCUUCGAAGGGCUUUAAUGGCACACAGUACAGUAGAAGGAAGGAGUCCCUGCUCAGCUAGUGAGAGAUACUUGGGCAGCCGCCUGACCAGUACAUCCUCAUUAGCAGGUAUCCCUUCUCCUUCCUUAGUCAACCUUCCCUCAAUGUUUGCAAAGAGGAGUCAUACCUUAAGUCGAUCAACAACCCACUUGAUAUGAAGUAGGCUUAAAACGAACUACUAUGCUGUAAUGACUGACAAGCAACUGGCUGUUCAGAUGACCUAUUACUGACAUUAAUGGUACUUCAGUCAUUGUCACUUAGUUGCCUAACUUAGUUACCUAACAUCUUGCUAACUGGUAGGGACUCUUUGACUAGUACUGAAGAAGAUCACCUAGACAAUCAAACAAGUGAAAAACUUUGAUCUAGGCUUAUAAACAUAAUAUAAACACUUUCUUUCAACAAACUGUCUCCUUUAUGCAAUAAACUGUUUUGGUGUCAAAUGCUGAAAUUAAGAAGUCUCUCUUAAUUGAGUCAUCCACUGGGUGAUGUUCUUCAGUUAAUCUAGAAGAGGUUGCUUAGCUUAAUCAAUUGGCUCUGUACUCAUCUUAAAAGCUAAUGCAUGGACUAUUGACUAAACUGAAAUAGUUUAAGAUAUGCCCUUUAAAGUAUGACAGUUGGCCUGUUAUGCAGCUGCUUUUUCUGGAUAUUCCAAAAGAUCUAGAUUGUUGGUGCAAGAAAGUAUGUACUGCAUAUGGUCCUUCAUUUUUUUCUAUGCAUCCUUUUCUAAUCCAAUACAUCCAAAUCCUGUAACUGGUUUAGCCACCAAAAGUAACUUGAUCUGAUAGCGAAUUAAAACUAACACUUUUUGGAUGUGCAAGUCCAAGAAAAAACAUCACUGUACCUAAAUUGUACUUAUAGCCUUUGAGUUGAGACUAUUUUUAGAAUGGUCUCCGGAACCUUGUUUAACUACUUUAUAUAGAGAGAGAGCUUAUUCAUGCACAGGCUUCUCCAGUGCGAAGCUGAAAUUGUGGACCUGGUUUAAGUUUCUAACACUAAUAUUUUUACUUGCAGGUUUUUAGUGUAUAAUUUCCAAAACCUUUUUCUACAUCUUUGCUAUAUUUAGUCUUUGUAUUUUUUUUCUUUGCAAGCUGUACAUUUUAAAAUAAUCAUGUUUUCAUUCUGUAUUAUCCAACACCGUCUCAGGAAUUGUCCAACUGUGUAUAUUUCUGCAGUUAAUAACUUUGAACUAAUUGCCUGUAUGUCAUGUGUGGCACUUCCAACUCUAAGAUUCCCUUUAACCACAAAAUGCUACUUUUUUCUGUUACAUGUAAUUAGUUUUGCUUUUGAAGAUGUCAGAUGGCCUGUUACUUCUGUAUUUUUAAGAUAAGUUUUUUGCCAAAAUAAAUCAUGUAAAUGAACUGUUUAAAACAA